AUGAGUGACGGUCUCUUGAAGGCGCCGCCCGCCAAGCGCUCGACGCGCAGCAGCACAGCCAGUGCCUCGACGGCCCCUGCACCCGUGGCCGACACCAAGCCGACACCCAAGGCCAAGACGGUCAAGUCGACGACCAAAGCCGCGGCCAAGACAUCGACGAAGGCGACGCUCGAAACCAAGAAGCCACAUUGACGCCUGCCGCCAUCAAGGAAGAGGAGGAAGACUUUCAGCGUAAGCUCGACGACCACUACAGCAAGCGCUACGGCAGCGGUGCCGUCGUCGUCGGC